AUGUAUACUGCCAUCCUUGUUGCAGUCUGUCUCAUUUGGGCACAGUUGGGGGACUUAAAUUUAGUGGACACAGCUCUUCAUAUGGCGUUGCCGCUGCUGGGGAUUGUACUUACCAUGAUGUCCUUAGCCUUUAUGGCUGGGGUUUAUGUGGUAGUUAGCAAUCUUCAUUGGCUUGCCUAUGUUGUAUUGAUCCUGGGAGUCCUUUUCAUUGUCACUGUCCUGGUAGUUUUCAUUCCACUCUCCUGCAAAACUACUUCGAGGUCCCGCAUCCUUCGUUGCAUCACUUACUUUCUCUUCUGUGCGGAAGAAUGGGCUUCUAGAAGUCACAACAAUUACCAAAAGAAGACUGAUCUCCUUGGUUGCGCGACACUGCGGGCCUGCAAUAUCAUCUUGGAAUGUUUAAGUGGUAGUUCUUGUGUUCCGUAA